AUGUCAUUAUCCGUUGUGUGGCGCCAUUCUGCAAAGCCAGAAACCUAUGAAGAAGCACGUACUCAACGCCUGUUUAACCCCGCCAUACCCAAAAGAUAUCCAGUAGCCAUUGCAUUCGCAAAAGCCGAGUCGGACAUUGUUGACGCGGUAAAACUAGCUAUUGAGAAAGGAUGUCGAGUUUCAGUCCUCUCCGGCGGACAUAGCUUUCCUGCCUGGAGCGUUCGCGAUGAUGCUAUGCUACUAGACCUUGGAAAUUAUUCGAAUACCUCCUUUGACGAAGAGACGGGGGUUGUCAGCGUUUCUCCAAGCACGACCGCUCGGGCUCUGAAUGAGUACCUCACCGCGAGGGGUCGGAUGUUCCAGGUUGGCCACUGUCCUGAUAACUGGGGCUGGUCAUGCGAAAAAAUACUCUCUAUCGAUGUGGUGACAGCUGGCGGGGCCCUAAUUCGAGCAGACGCACGACAAAAUAGCGACCUCUUUUGGGCUGCCAGAGGAGCGGGCCCUGGAUUCCCUGGCGUGGUCACUCGAUUUCACCUGCGGACUCGGCCGGCUAUAAAAGAGGUGCGUUUAUCGCGAUAUGUGUACGCGAUGAAAGAUUAUCACGCUGCAUUUUCAUGGAUACUGAAGGUCCCAUUUACUCCCGAAGACGGUAUCGAAGCUAUUGCCAUUGGCAGCUAUCCUCCAGGAGAAGAAGAGCCAUGCCUUACAAUUGCGCUUGUCGGCUUUGGCGAGGAUAAGCAUACUCUAGAGCAGGCAUUGCAGAAGGCCGAAGACUCCCGCCCACCCGGUGCAUUAACUCAUUCUGUCGGCACAGAAACAAGCCUCAGCGAAUUACUGGAGAGUAAAGCCGAUGCCUAUCCACACGGACACAGGUAUUAUGUUGAUAAUGCCUAUCUCAAAAACGAUGCGGAUGUCGUCGCCGUUCUCGCGCAAGCGUUCACGACAUUACCUACCAAGACGUCCCAAGUGUUCUGGACGGGGAUGAAGCCUUGCAGCAGACGACAGCUACCGGACAUGGCCCUUAGCCUCCAAUCCGAUCACUUCUUCGCACUUUACGGCAUAUGGAGUCAUGAAAGUGAGGACUCAACAUGUAAAGCCUGGGCCGGUGCUGUUAUGAAGGGGAUUGAACCACAUUCUGUUGGAGCGUAUGGGGGGGAGUUUGAUUUUCAGGAACGGAGAUCGGAGGUCUGGGGUAUUGAGCAGACUAAGAAACUAUCGGAAAUUCAACGGCGAUGGGAUCCUGAUGCUCGAAUUUGUGGUUGCCUUGGGUUGGAUGGGGCUUCGUGA